GCGGCGCGAGCGGCCAUGGCCACGGCUGGGGCGCGCGGGGACGCGGGGCAGCGAGGCGCGCAGGGCCGGGCCCUGUACUUCUGCGGCAGCAUCCGCGGCGGCCGCCAGGACCAGAGGCUGUACGCGCGCAUCGUGUCGCGGCUGCGGCGCUUCGGGGUGGUGCUCACCGAGCACGUGGCGGCGGCCGGGCAAGACCCGCACGGGGAGGAGGCGCGUGGGGCCGACCGGAUCAUCCAUGAUCGGGACCUGGCCUGGCUACAGCGGGCAGAUGUGGUGGUGGCCGAGGUGACACAGCCUUCCCUGGGGGUCGGCUAUGAGCUGGGCCGGGCCAUGGCCCUCAACAAGCCAGUGCUGUGCCUCUUCCGCCCACAGUCUGGCCGAGUGCUUUCUGCCAUGAUCCGGGGAGCCGCAGAUGGCUCCCAGUUCCAGGUGUGGGACUACGAAGAGGAGCAGCUAGAGGCUUUGCUGGACCGGUACUUUCUGGCUGCCGGCUGGCAGGGUGCCACAGCUAGUGACCCUGACCACGCCUGAUGGGACGCUACCCCAGUCCCCACCCCCACGCCCUCUUUAGCACAGAAGGGAAUUGAAAGGUUCCUUUAAAAUUCUUUUUUUUGGGCAGAACUGGGGAUUGAACUCAGGGCCUUGUGCUUGCCAGGGAAG